UUAGUUAUAUAUAAUAAUUGGUUGACAUUUGCUGUUAUCGAUGACAUCGACAUCAGGUUUUAGUUAUUAUCUGGUAAUCGUUGGUCAGUCGGAUAACCCGAUCUAUGAGUUGGAGUAUUCGACCAAAACUGGAGGCGACAAGAGCUCAGAUCACCGGUAUUUGACUCAAUUCAUAGCUCAGGCAUCACUAGAUUUAGUGGAUGAGUAUGUGAUGACAUCAAACAAUAUGUAUCUCAAAUGUGUCGACAAAUUCAAUGAAUGGUUUGUCACGGCUUUUGUGGCCAACAAUCAAUCCGUUAGAUUCCUAUUACUUCAUUCAUCGCCAAGAAUUGAUGACAAUAACAUCAAAUCACUAUUUGUUGAAUUGUAUGACUUGUAUACUAAGUUUGCAAUGAAUCCACUCUAUGAACAUCACACUCACAUCAGAUCCAACAUCUUUGACAAAAAGGCACAUCUGUUGGCCAAAAAGUAUUUACCGUAAAACACAUUGUCAUCAAUUG